AUGCCCAUGCCGACCCAACCACAGUCCACCCCCAGGCACUCUUCUGCCGCAAACAGCCAAGCCCCCAACGGCCAUCACCACCUCCACCACCACCUCCUUCACUCCUCUUCAACCUCCUCACCAUACAGCAAUAACGGCAAUAACUCGGCCCAAUACGAGGACGAACUCCCCGCCUCGUCAAAGGCCCCGCUUAAAUAUGCCCUCAAGGAUAUUCACCCCGAUGACUCCAAGGACAAGGUCUUUGCCGCCAUCCUCAAAGCUCUCCUCUACCUCCGUAACAAGCCUUCCUCCCCAAAGGAGCUUGCAAACUGCAUCAUGAAGAACAAGUAUACCAUGCUAGGUGGAGCAACCCCAUAUGCAACUGUCUCCUCGAGGAUAUCCCAGCACUUCAAGCGAGCCGCCGAACACAAGCCCCCACGGACUCCACUCCUUGCCAAAGCCGUUGAUGAAAGGCAUUCACGCAAGAUUCAUUACUAUCUCGCCGCCAAUCAUAUCGUGAAAAAUCCUUCUGCCACCACAUCAACCGAUCUCGAUUCAUCAUCAGGAUUCUCCAGUAUGGGCUCAGACGAGGAGGACGAGGAGGAUGACAAUGACGACAACCACAACCAAGGUGGCCGGGACGACGAUGAUGAUGACGACGACGACGAUGAUGACGGUGAUAUGUCGGGAGACUCUGCAGAGCGGAAACAGAAGCGUCGGCGACAGCAUCAGAUCUACCAGCAACACCAGCAGCUCAAUUCAGACACCAUGCUGCACAAGGCCCGGAGUAGCGUCAUGCGGAAGCGCAAGAAGGUCAAGACGUUUUCGGCAAUCACCCGACCAACUGUCAAGCGCUUCAAGUCCAAGCAUCCGCUGAUUGGAAGCUUCAAGGCAACGACACCCACCAAUAUCCAUCCCUCCAAAUGGAGACCGGCCAACAAUCAGGAAUACAGUGAAUCGGAGGAGGGUGACGAUGAGAGUCUUGACGAGGACGAGGACCUUGAUGAUGACGACGACGUCUUUGACAAGGAUGAUCUAGUGCUCAUGGACCUACAGAUGCCAGAUCUGCAAAAGGGCUCGAGACUCCCAACUCCCAACUCUCUCUCCAAUUUUUCUACACCCGCCACUCUUUCUUCGCCUAAUUCAUCCGUUCCGACCUCGGCCAAUGGAGCUACCUCGAGCGCCGCAGCUGGAAUGCACGGACUUUUGAAUGCGACCAAAGUGCUUUCGUUUGACUCGAAAAAGUCGCCUCCUCGCCCUGGAACUCACUCAGCUUCCUCCCUGGGCAUUGCAAUGGCUGCCGCAGGGAAUUCUUCCGCAGCAGGCGACCCAAUGAACGAAUCGAGCGACGAGGAACAAGACUUUAGCGACUAUCACGAGGAAAUGAUGCACGGCGACUUUGACGACUUGGAUGACGACAGGAGAUUGGGCGAUCGCAAACCCGAGAUGACGACCACGCAACCAAAGAGCAUUGCCGUCCCUAUACCAUAUGUUCGCAACACUGCUCCUUCGCCCUCAUUCGCUGCUGGCGGUACACCCGGAUCCCCUUUUGGCCAUAUCGCCUCGACCCCCACCUCAGGAUCGUACUUGCUUGGCAUGUCCCCUCGUAGCAGGAAAAUGUCGAUGAGUGGUCUCUUGAUGCCGCCCGAUUCACUCCUGCUUUCGCCUCGAUCCAACAGCAUCUUUGACCCAGAGUACGCCCCCAAUUAUUUGGCCGAUUUCUCUCAGGACUUGUCGUCACCAAGGGAGCACCAUUACGUCCCUCUCAUGGAGCUCAACAACCCAGAAUCGAUGCCUGUUUCAGAACUGGAUAGGCUGCUCAGCUCUUCGGCCGGUGGUACUUUCUUCCCCAGUCUCUCUCGCAAAGUUUCGAUUUCAGGAUGGACUGGCGUCGGUGCGAAGCACAUUGGCCACCCAUCCCACCGCCAAUUAAACCUCAGGAACGCUGCCAACGGAAUUCUUCAGAAUGCUGCCAACUCGUCCCUCAAUGCAUCUACCUCGCCCUAUCUCCAAUCCAACAACGGUACUUUUGCUUCACCUGCAAUGGUGCAUUCCUCAGGCACUCCCGCAACACCCAAGCCUCUUGUGACUUCACCGUCUUACCCACUAAUGACUCCCGCCGGCAAUGCUCCUGCUUUUGGAUCAAAUAAUGACGCCAAUGUCACUGCGACAACUGCAGCCCCUCCACCAGCAUCAGUCGGCGCCACCAAACCUCUGUUAUCGUCAAAUGCACCUGUCACUCCUGCAGUCGUUACCCCUGCUACAGCUACCAACAACGCCCUCAAGACGGAGGACGACGUGGAAAUGGGUGAUAGUCAAAAUGAGGAGGAGGAGGAUGAGGAUGAGGAGGUGGAUGAUGAGACAGAGUCCGACGACGAGGAUGAGACGGCCUCCAAACCAUCGGCAGAUCCGCCAAAAUCGCUGGUUAGAGUGUCGGUCUAUGCCAACUUGCAGGUGUACGAGACCAUCAUGCCUGGAACCGACUUGAAGCUGAUGCGAGUGGCAGGAAUCGUCGGUACCCCUGAUCCCAACACCAACGGACGCGGAGUUGUCAUUCAGAAAAAGGUCAUUCCUGCGCUCAACAACGACCAACACGCAGGAUUUGUGAACGCUGCUAUGUUACGUCUGGCAGCAAGAACAAUUAUUGGCGACGGGCAGUUUGACAUCAACCAGGAACCCACAACACUUUACAUCGUCUUGGAAGGCCCCAUGGAGGUCCGAGGAGCAUGGGUUGGCUUGGCAAGGGCUCGAGAGUUGUGUCAUGAAUAUCGACUAGAUUUGUUGCCUGGUAUCGCUCAAAUGCUUCAGGACAAUCCAAUGCUUGUGGCCGAUCCAAAUGCCAAAAAGUCGAAGAAGAAGGGGCUCAAGAAGAAGGACAAGCAGGAUGCGUCCGUAUCCUUAAAGCCAUCGGAUGCCAACCGCCGCACUUCGACCGCAUCGGGGUUUUCCUCCUUCGACAACAGACGUAAAUCCCAUGCAGCAGACGAUGAUACGACCCCUUUUGUCAACUUUGAAGAGCUCGAGGAUAGACCAAGGAAGGGGGCGGAUCAGGAUGUGGAGAUGUCUUCAGCCACAUCUCACCGGACCGCGGCCUAUUCAGCGUCUCAAUCGUCCUCGUCUGCCCAGUCAGGCACAGCAGGAGGUGGAUCUGAUCUUUUGACGGAAGGCAAGGUGGCUCAGAACGGCGCCCGGGAACCAGAGGCAAACCAGUUGUGGGUUCCAACCACGAACGCCGUUGUGCCCAACAUUCAUUUGACUGUGAUCGACAACGUAGCCCUUUAUACCACCAAGCUUGUCAACCCUGGAGCAGAGUAUAGAUUACUGCGGAGAGCAGAUAAUGGCUAUGUCAACGCCACCACUUUGCUCCUCGCAGGAGGCGUCGAGACGGAGCAAGAGCGAAGCAUUGUGCUGAGUUUGGAGCUGGGACGUGUUCGUGUCCGUAAGCCAGGCUCGCAAUUGUUUGGAACUUGGAUCCCUCUGGCCCGUGCACGUGCCUUGGCCGCAACUUGCUCUCUGCACCACAAGCUCGGACCAUUCUUGAACGACAACCUGGACACAUACUUCCCAUCACCGCUGCCGAUACCUACCCAGAAGGUGACGCCGAGCGUGGUCACUGCCGGUGCCUCUGCCAUGAUGAGCCACCAGGCCGCGGCGUCUGCACGCAUGAGGACUAUUUCGUUGUCGGCUCUUCGUUCGUCGACAUCACCCCCAAGUGGCGGUUUGGCCCGUAAUGGUGCCCUCAACCACCAAUUGUCCCGCGGUAUGAUGGCCAAUACUGGCGCCAGUCAUUUGCAACAGGUCUUGGCCCAGCAGGGACAUUUGCCUGGUCAGGCGUUGAACAGUAUGCUCAUGCUCAACGGCAACCAGGCGGAGAGCCAGUCAGGAACUGCGGCCGCUCAGAAUGCUAUCGCGACAGCUACCGCUGCCGCUGCUGCUGUGACGGCUGCCAACCCUACGCCAACAGUCGCUACUCCUACAACAGCUGCCGUCCCAACCACAGGAGCAAGUGUCACUGCCACAGCCAUUGCUCUCCCAGCAUCCGUCCCUGUCGCCUCGUUGACUCCAACGACUUUGAGUGGCGCCACUGGCACAAACAUUAUGCAUACUUUUGGACAGGUUAACCAAAACCAGCUUUUUGCAGCGACCCAGAUCCGCCCUCUCCAAGGAGGAUUUUUGCCUAGAGUGGAGCCACACACCGGGCGACCCAUAUUGCCCAUGCUUAACGAGACUGUCUCGGCUGUUCCUGGCCAGAGUGUGAUUCCGGUCAAGGACUAUCAGGAUUCGGAUGACGAUACAGAGUCGGACGACGAUGUUGAAGGGGUCCGCCAAAAGAUGAAGCAGUUGAGAGCCCAGCAACUGGAGGAAGCCGAGAAGUCGAAACAGCCAACCACGACCCUUGGACAAGCUGCGGCUGCGGUUGCCGCCGCAGCCUCAGGACAGCGCACCCCGACCCUGCAACAGCAACAACAGCAAUUGCAGCAACAGCAACAACUCCUAUUACAGCAACAGCAGAUCCAGCAGCAUCUUCAACAGCACCAGCAGCAGCAACAGUUGUUGAAGCAGCAGCUCCUCCAGCAACAACAGCAGCAACAACAACAGCAACAACAACAACAGCAGCUCAUCCAGCAGCAGAUUCAGCAGAACCAGCAACAGUUGGCUGCCCAAAAGGCCGCCCAACAGGCCGCUGCAGUGCAGACAUCUCCGACCCAGGGAGGCAAGACUGCACCACGGCCCCGCUCCGAUGGAGCCGACGAAGAGGUUCAGAAGUCUCAGCAGCAACAGCCUCAAUCUCAGCAAGCAAUUGCUGUUCCCGGAUCUCUGGCAGACGCGAGCAAGGCUGCGCCCGUUACGCCAGUCAGUGUCGCUACCAAUGUUGCUACGCCUCUUGCCAAUAUUACCACCACCACCGUCCCUGUCUCCGCCGCCGCUAGUACCGCCGUUCCAACCGUGACCCCUGCCGCCCCCAGCAGUGGAGCGAAGCCGAUGACCGUCGAUGAGGAAGUUGACAGCGACGAGGAUAUCGAUAUUGGAGGCAGUGAUGGCGACGACGACUUGCGCUAA